AUGACUACAACAACGUCUUACGACUACCCUCACCCAACACACAUUCAGGCGGCACAAGCCACGAAGUUUCUAACACUUACCGUGACACGCUCAGCGGGGGUUCAAAUAACCACCAUCGAGCUAGGCAACGGUAGCCAUGAAACAGCGCCACCCAUCACGCCCGAUGUCGUGGCUGAGCCCCCAACAGACACAGAUGCAGCGCCGUCUGCUCCUCCGCAGAGAGAUUCGGACGGUAGAGCAGCAUCCGACGGUGCAGUCAUAGUAGUUGUUGUAUUACUCUUUAUCCUGUUCUUUCUCUUCACAGCAUUCUGCGUGUGCAGAGCCAGGCGGAAAGGCGGGGGUAGUUACCUCGACUUGUGCAUUUGGCGCGGCCCCCCCGGUCCACGAGGACGGAGGGGAUAUACAGGCGACCCCGGAAUACCGGGAGAGCCUGGACCACCGGGUCCGCAGGGUGAUCAAGGGAUACCUGGGGUUACUGGGCCGAAAGGCGCAGAGGGGAAGAAAGGUGAGGCUGGACAAAGAGGGGAUACGGGGGCAACCGGCGCUCGAGGCGCCGCAGGUCCCAAAGGAGAUACCGGUCCAUGUGGACCUCAAGGUUGUGCUGGUCUGCCGGGACGGGAUGGACAAGCUGGUUGUGCAGGUCUGCCGGGUCCGUCCGGCCAGGCUGGUAGAGAUGGUCGCGAUGGCCGGGACGGUAAAGAUGGAAGAGAAGGAAAAGAAGGCAGAGAAGGUAAGAAAGGUAAUGACGGUGUGCAUGGCCGAGAUGGCGAAAAGGGCAAACGUGGAGAUACAGGAGAGAAGGGCGAGAAGGGUGAAAGGGGUGAAGCAGGUGAGAAGGGAGAAAAGGGAGAAAAGGGGGAGCAAGGUGAAAAAGGUGAUCGAGGCGAGUGUGGUAUCCGAGGGACAGACGGCAGUAUCGGACCGCCUGGACCACCGGGGCCAUCCGGGCAACGACGUGCUCAAGACGAGCGAGGACCGAGCCAUGACGGCAAAGCGACGGCGGAUCACGAAGAGACGAAGGUCCCUGUAGGCGAGGGAGCGAUCGAUCCGUCCAUCAGCAGGUGA